GCUAUGCAGCUUUAGUUAUAGCUGACAGGUUAAGUGGCAAAAUGGAUAGAGACUGCCACAGCCUGACUUCCAAAACAGACACUAGAUGCCUACCAUCAAGAAGGCAGCACUUGAAGAACAGGCUGCAAACUUCUACUGAUGUGCUGGAAAAACUACUUGGGGGAACAACUUUGACAACACAGAGGGUGACACACCUUCACAUAUUAGCUCUAGGAGAUGAACUGCAGAGAAAAAAAUUAAAGAAGCCAAACAGAGUAUCGCUGGAGGUAUCUGUCAUACCUGAGGCAGAGGAGGAGGAGGAUGACGACAUUGUCUGCAGGCUGAAAGAAAUGCUUCAAGAUGUCAGGAUCCAAGCAGAGCAGGAGAAACAAGCUACUCUUCAAGAGCAAAAGCAGACAUUUCAACAAAUAUUGGCUGAGAUAGCCAGGAAUCGAGACCAUCUAGAACAGGAACAAAUGGGUAUGCUCCACAACAAACUAGAAAAAGAAAAACAGGCAGCCCUGCUAGAGCAAAAGGAACAUGCAGAGCUGAAACAGCAGGAGGCAAUCAAAGCUGCAUGUAAUAAGUUACGCAAACAGCUCCUCAUAGAAGCAGAAGAGGUGCGGAGGCAAGAGGUGGAGCAAGCGGUCACAAAUGCUACAAAAGACAUGGAAAAAAGGAUGGAAGAGGCUAUUGAAAAUACCAGAGCAGACAGUUUAAUCCUAGCUGAGGCACAACAUCAGAGACUCGCUCAGCUCCAUGCUGCAGAAGUGAAAGCUUUGCAUGACAGGCUUAAGUCUGUUGAGCAAGAUGUUGCUGAUUUAGUGAGGCAGAAGAUGGAAUAUGAGAAACAAUUUAAGGAGGUGCAGCUGAAUUAUAAGCGUUUCAUUGACUUGACAGAGUCCAGCCUGCAUUCUGAUUACCUGCUACAACUACGGCACCUUGGCAAGUCACCAGGGCAAGCAGAUGAGGAAGUUCAGACAGACAUCAUGGUUGUCACUACCAAGUACCCAGCUAGAAAGUGACUGACAUUGGAACCCUACCAAAGGCCAAUAUCAAAGACUUGUGCAGGAUAAAACUGAAGUUCAUUUUCUUUUUUUCAAUAGGCGUAUGUUUGUGAUAUUGUAAUUGAUACUAUCGUUAAUUUGUUUCAGUGUUUCCUAAUGUGGAGUCUUUCAUUUUUCCUGUAUAGUAAGACUGUUAAAGUAGUGGCAUUUUACAGAUAGACACAAUAUAAACCUGGCACAAAAGGCAAAGCAAUAGUUUUGUCAGAAAUAUAUUGCUCUCAAGCCCCAGUAGCUGCAUUUGAUAGAGAAGAAUAUGACUGCAAGGGAUCUUUCCACAUUUUUAGCCUGUUGUAGCAUCAGACCAGGAAAUUAAUGAAAGGAAGUACUUUCUGUGGAGGAUUUACAGUUACUGCAAAAAUCACUUGUUUUAGUCCCAGCAGGGGAUACUGUACAUAAUAAUAUAACAGCACAGACUGUGGUGGAGCUUCGAGAAUGUAAAUCCCCAGGGUUUCCCAGCAGGGGUCACUGUAAGUAAUAACAUAGGAGCACUGACUAUGAAGGUCUCAGAGUCACGACUUUCCCACCUUAUUCCAGCAGGGAACACUGUAAGUAAUAAUUAUGGGAGCACUGAUUAUGAGGGUCUCACUGUCACUGCAUUCUCAGCUUAUUCCAGCAGGGUUCACUGUAAAUAAUGACAUAGGAGCACUGACUAUGAGGGUCUCACAGCCACGACAAUUCUCACCUUAUUCCAGCAGGGGUCACUGUAAAUAAUGACACAGGAGCACUGACUGUGAGGGUCUCACAGUCACUGCAUUCUCACCUUAUUCCAGCAGGGGUCACUGUAGGUAAUGAUAUAGGAAUACUGACUAUGGGAGCCUCACAGCCACUGCAUUCUCACCUUAUUCCAGCAAUGGUCACUGCUGGUAAUGAUAUAGGAAGAGGACUAGCUGUGUGUGAGGGGGCUUAAAGC